ACAGGGACAAGACAUGAUAAUAAAUGACAAACAUGACAAGUCCAAACAGCUGCAACUAAAAUGAGAGUUUCUAUUGGAUAAAUUCAGGUGGGUCCCUCCCAUUGCCAUUUGCUUCUGUUUAAGAGACGUGCAACAGAAUUGGCUAAAUUAAUAAACCCCCAGAGGACUGCUGGUCCGGUUGAGUCUAUUCUCUCCUCUCCUCUGUACAACGACAAGAUCACAUCUUUCAGGUUCUUCACAGUGCGCACCACUGAACAGCUCGAGAUUAAUAGCAAUGAACCAUUUGUUCAGAUGGAGAAGGCUUGCCAGACUGACGUUCAUGCUGCUAUAUUUUCUCAUUGAAGUUCUCUGUGCUUCCCAGCAAUCAGUCCAGUCUGAGAUUCAGCAGGUGAAAGGCAUCGUGGGACAGUCUUUCUCUUUUCAAGAGAGGGUGAUCAAGUCUGGCAAUUUACUUUAUGGAGAACUUGGCAGCAUUGCAAAUGUGUACCCUGGUAAACGAGGCAAAAUCACCCUUGAGAAGAGAUUUGAAAACCGCCUCCACUUGAACAAUGUUACAAGAUACUUCACUCUGUCAGCCCUUCAGAUAGACGAUGCUGGGGUUUAUACUGUUGAGAAUACAGAUGAAGGGAAAAAAACUAAAAUUCAGCUCACUGUAUACAAUGUUGUUUCCAAACCUCAGGUGACAGAGUGUGACAGCAGCUCCUGUAGUGUGGUGUGUUCUGUGGACAAUGAAAAAGAGGUGACCUUGACCUUGUACAGGGGAGAGGAAAUACUAAACCAGACCAGCAGUCCUGAUCUCAUCACUGAUCUCUCUCUCCAUUUGGAGGUAGAGGGAAAGAACUACAACUCCACCUACAGCUGUGUGGCUUCCAACCCUGUCAGCAAUGAGACCGUUCUUGUCCCAAAAUGUUGCAGUGAACAUGGUCAUGCUAAUGAUGCAGACAGUGGCGAGAGGACUCGGGGUGUGCUUAUUAUUGCUGUAAUAUGCGUCUUGGUUGCCUCAGGGCUGGUUGGAAUUGCAAUCUAUCGAAAGAAGAGUAGAAAUGGACACUCACAAGGCAGAUUCAUCCGAAAGAGUGCAAGUUGACAUUAAUUAUGCAUCGAUAAAUCCUAGCAGAGAUAAUCAGGAAAUGAGUAACCUUCCUACAGUGGUUCCUCCUUUACAAAUUGCGAGUUUACACCACGGGAUUUAGAGCUAUAAAAAACACACAUUCGUUUUCAGUCUGUAUCAGCAUGGGCAACGUGUACAUUUAACAGACAACAUGACUCCCACCCUGUAUUCAAGAGCAUGCUGAAUUGAGCCCAACCCUGCUGUGAAUCUCUUCCGGGAGGAAAUCACAAGUGUACCCCAGUCCAACCCCACAGAUUGUGACGUCAGCCUGGCUCAGACUGCGAUGGAGGAUUCUGGCCAACAGGGGGUGACCUUGCCACACACCGAGGGAGAACAUACAGCCGUUACUCAGAGGAGCAAGUUCGGAAGAGUCAGAGAGAAGCUCCAAUCAGAGCUGAGAGGGAGAUACACGUCAUUGUGUGAUGGAACCCCAGCAGGACCAGAGGUGCGGAGCCACUCCCUCACACACUCUUACGUUGAACUCCUCAUCACCGAGGGCAACGUCCAAUGGCACGACGACAGGCAUGCUGCCACGCGACCCGUAAGACCACCAUCAGACAUGCCCACUGCUAAUGAGGAAGUAACCAUCAAGCUUGACGAUAUCUUCAAACCACCGCUAUCUCCGGAUUGCCCUCAAGUAAAAACUGUCCUGACGAAGGGACCCGCAGGCUCAGGGAAGACAGCGAGUGUCCAGAAGUUUGUUUUGAACUGGGCCGAGGACAGAGCCAAUCAGGAUGUCGACUUCUUGUUUGUCUUUCCCUUCAGUGAACUCAAUUGGCUGAUAGGACGGAGCUUCAGUCUGAGUGGCCUCAUCAGCCACUUCCACUCGUCCAUGACAUCGGAGAGCGAUAACCCCGGGCUGGAUCUGAGUCGGUCUAAGGUGGUCUUCAUCUUGGACGGUUUGGACCAAUUUAACCUUCCCCUGGACUUUGAAAGCAUAUCAGUAGAGUCUGACAUCAAUAAGGAGAUGCCUUUGCCCAUCCUCCUAGCGAACCUCAUCUGGUGUCAGCUGCUUCUUCCCUCCGCCUACGUCUGGGUGAUCACCAGGCCUGCGGCUGCCAGUUUAAUACCCAUCGACUUCCUCCCCCAACAACAGUGCUUGACGGAGAUACGGGGCUUCGACGACACCCAGAAGAGGGAGUUCUUUAGAAAGAGGUUUGGCGAUCAGAGUCUUGUACACAAAGCUAUCGCCCUAGUCAUGAAAGCUAUUGCCCUAGAGUCAUCACGGAACCUCUGCGUCCUGUGCCAAACACCGUGGUGCUGUGAGAUGUUGGCGGCCAUUUUAGAAAACGCUGAGGCGGGAGAGUGUGUCGAGAUAGACACUCUGACGCAACUAUACACUCACUUUUUGCUUGUUCGGAUUGGUUUGAAGAACGAUCGAAAUGGUGAACACUCAGAAUCAAUCAGAGAGGUUGUUCGUAAGCUUGGGAAGCUGGCUUUUGUACAACAGGAAAGGGGAAGCCUCAUAUUCAGCGAGAGCGAUGUGAAGGAAUGCGGAAUCGACGUCUCUAAAAGUUCCACAUUCCACAGGUUGUGUAGGCCGCUCGACACAGGGUGUGAGAUGUACCUGGAGGAAAAGUACCGCUUUGCGUACACAGGCAUUCAAGACUACCUAGCUGCCCUGCACGUGUUUCUCACCUACACAAAUAAAAGGAGAAACCUACUACUCCAACCUACUACACUCUUUGAUCGAUUGAAAGGGACGUUCAGGAGAGCAACCCUUUUAGACCUCUACAGAUGCUCCGUGGACAGGGUUUUACGGAACACGCACGGAUCUUAUGACCUCUUCCUCUGCUUCCUCCUUGGCCUCUCAACAACACCCAACCAGACUCUCUUAGAUCUAGCAUGUCUAGGGAAAGGUUUAAAGGUCACAGGCUCCAAGGUGAUCACAGAGAUCACGGCGGAAUACAUUAAGCAGGCGAUCAAGUCUGAGCCUUACCCUCAGACCACACUGGCGCUUUUCCGCAGUCUGCGGGAGCUAGGGGACGCCUCGCUGGGCAGGGAGGUCCGACGCUACUUGACCUCUGAGUCACGGUGGGGGUUCCUGCUGGAGCCCGACCAAUGCUGGGAGCUGGCAGACAUGCUUUGGGCAGGCAGGGAGAUGGAGAGGGAAGUGUUUAUGGAGAUGGAACGUUUGAGUUGGAUGCGCCGAAUGAGCAUGUGGGGCUUUUGGAGGAUGCAGACCGUACUGGGGGACAGACACUGGCAAGUCUACUAGAAAGACAUCAUUGCUGUAUGAAUGGUCUACUAAGGAGACAUCACCACAGAUUGUACUGCCACAUCUACUAAAUUGCCGCUGCAGAGAAUGUUGAGGAAUUUCAAGGUUAGAGAGAUGUAUAGGUACAUUAGGAAGGUAGGUUUGAGAGGUGAUUUUUGUCGAGAGAAAAAGUGAUGAUUGCAAUCUAUGUUUAUGGAUCUGAGUAGUGGGUAGUAGUGCCCACUGAAAAAUCUUAAAAUCAAUCAAUUCAUCGAUUCUUCAAACAAACAAACUUUAUUUGCUUAGAGCUUUGUACAAACUGACUUGCUGUUCACAUGGCAGAAGUCAUAGCGCAGUUGAGGUUGGUCAUAGUGCCAAUUGACUCCAGGUAGAAGUGCCAUGUCAGAUCCUCUCUCCAUUUG